GAUUUACAAAAUGAAAGAAAACGGAAUGGCCUCCAACGUAACAAAAGUUGCAAAAAUGAGUGAUUUACCUGCACGAAUGGCACAUAAAUGUCAUUAACUCUGACCAUAUUUGAUUGGAGAUUUCUUUGAGAACAUGCGCUAUGUCUAAGUUGUUGGAGAAGGAAGGAAAGGAGGUCCGGGUGAGCAGUCACCUGACGACCGAGUCAGUGAAGGUCAUCGCGGAGUCUGUGGGAACGGCCGGAUUUCCCGAAGAUGCAUCCACUCAGCUAGCCGAUGACUGCACGUACAGACUCAAACAGAUCGUUCAGGAAUCGGUGAAAUUUAUGCGACAUGGAAAACGAAGAAAACUAAUGAUGGCUGACUUUGAUCAGGCUCUGAGGGUGAAAAAUGUGGAACCUCUGUAUGGAUUCCACAGCCCGGAUCUGAUUCCAUUCCGGUUUGCAAGCGGUGGGGGCCGAGAACUCCACUUUAAUGAGGAGAAAGAGUUGGAUCUACAGGACAUUAUUAACUCUCAGCUGCCCAAGAUUCCACUUGAUGUGUCACUGAGAGCUCACUGGUUGAGUAUUGACGGAGUCCAACCAGCCAUUCCGGAGAAUCCGCCCCCGGCUUCGAAAGACCAGCAGAAAAAAGAAAUACUUGACAUCUCGGUGAAGUCGACUAUUGAAAAGACGUCUAAACCAACGCCCUCUGGCGAGGGUCUGAAGUUCAAACACAUGUUGAAAGGAGCCGACAUGGUGAAGUUAAAGAAUCUUACCACCCAUGAAUUGUCAGUGGAGCAGCAGCUGUACUACAAGGAAAUAACAGAGGCAUGUGUCGGUCCUGACGAAUCUCGUAGAUCUGAAGCUCUCCAGAGUUUGGCGACCGAUCCUGGUCUUCACCAGAUGUUACCCAGAUUCAGCACCUUUAUCUCUGAAGGGGUGAAGGUGAAUGUUGUACAAAACAACUUGGCUCUGUUGAUUUACUUGAUGAGGAUGGUUAAAUCACUGAUGGACAAUCCUACACUGUACCUCGAAAAAUAUCUUCACGAGAUGAUCCCCGCUGUGUGUACGUGUAUCAUCAGUCGACAGCUGUGUCUCCGGCCCGACGUCGAUAACCACUGGGCCCUGCGAGACUUCGCCGCCAGACUUAUGGCUCAGAUCUGCAAAAACUUUAACGCGAACACGAACAACAUCCAGGCUCGGAUAACGAAGACGUUCAGUCGCGCGUUGCUGGGCGACUCGUCACUUGCCACGCAGUAUGGAGCUCUGUCUGGACUCGGAGAACUGGGGUCAGAGGUUAUAAAGAUGUUCAUGCUGCCUAACAUUAAGUCCCUAGGGGACAGGCUGAGGUUGGCGCUCGAAGGACCAAUACAGAACAGCGCUGACAAGAUUGCAGCCGAGCAGAUUAAAAAGUUGUUAACAAAAUAUCUACCUCCAAUAUUAAAAACAUUGAAACCCUCGACGGACACACUCACAGAUUACACUAACGAGUUCGGGUAUGUUGGAACUCUGCUGUUCAACGCGACACAGAAAGAGCGGCAAAACCCGACACCUGUGACAACGACUCAAACAGCUAGACCAUCAGUUCAGAUUCAGUCUCGGCCUCAAUUUGUGUUCCAGUCUGCGAGCUCUACACAACAGAGUCACCUCCCUUCUCGGUUCCCUUCCCUCAACACCGCUGUCCCCCGGACGCCUACCACACCCGGCAACCAGAAGUUUGUUAUUGUCUCAUCACAGCCGCAUUCCAACUCCCCCAUCGCCACCCCUAGCAGCACAUCUGCACCAACGGUGGUCAAGGUGGUGACCGGGCCACCAUCACAGGUAGCAGCCGCUAUGCCGAGGACACCAACAACUCAGAAAGUGGUUGUCAUGACAUUGCCAAGCAAGAGAGAAGGAAUGCCGGGCGAUUCAGUGACUCCGGGGAGCAUGGACGAGUUAGGGGUGAAGAGUGUGUUUACAGGACCACCAACGAAUAUUGCAGUGACUGUGAAAAAAGAACCAAAUUCAUGAGAUGUUGGGUUUUUUCUCUCUCUCUUCCAUCAGCAUCAUUAUUUGUUUCAUAAUUUCAUUAAAAACAUAACCAAGUA